CGGAGCCGAGCGGAGUCGGAACAGGCAGAGAGGAGCACCCCGCGCCCGGCCCCCGCCACGCCGCGGCUGCCCCUGACCGCCCCCGGCCCCCCCACCUCCAUCCCACUGCCCGCACCCCCCUACCCCAACACACACAAUGUCGGUGGAGCUGGAAGAAGCCGAUCUGCCCCUGACCGAGGCGGAGGAAGCGCCUCUCUCCCCGGAGAAGAAAGCCGCCAGUAAGAAGGCGAAAGGCGGCGGCUCGUCGUUGUCGCCGUCGAAGAAGAAAAAGAACAACAAAAAGAAGAACCAGCCGGGCAAGUAUAGUCAGCUGGUAGUGGAGACGAUCCGCAAGCUGGGGGAGCGCAAUGGCUCCUCUCUGGCCAAGAUCUACAACGAGGCCAAGAAGGUGGCCUGGUUCGACCAGCAGAACGGCAGGACCUACCUGAAGUACUCCAUCAAGGCCCUGGUGCAGAACGACACGCUGCUCCAGGUCAAGGGCACCGGCGCCAACGGCUCCUUCAAGCUCAACAGGAAGAAGCUGGAAGGCGGCGGCGAGGGGGGCGCGGGCAGCAGCACCCACAAGUCUCACAAGAAAGCCACGGCCUCCACGUCCCGGCGGGCGGAGAAGAAGCCGGCGGCCAAGAGCAAGAAGCCCGAGAAGAAAUCGCACAAGAAGGGAGCCAGCAGCGCGGCGGCGAAGAAGGACAAGGGCAAAGCCAAGAAGGCCACCAAGAAAGCAGCCGCGUCCCCCGGGGGCAAGAAGGUGAAGAAGUCGGCAAAGCCCAAGGCACUCAAGAGCAGGAAGGCAUGAGAGCGGGGCUCACGGAGCCCCCCGCCGCCCCCCGGACUGUGAUCCCCGCCGCACAGACUGCUCUGAGGACGGACCCCAGGGGACCCGCUUUGUCUUUGUGUCGCUGACUCGGCUCCGCAGCCGCCGCCGUGCGCGGUGAGCGGGGCUGCGGCUGUCCCAGCCACCCCCUUCCCCUUUCUUUCCGACGCCUUAUUUUUUUCCAUCCCCCCCACCCGCCAUAUCUCUCCCGCGGCUUUUCCGUAUCGCGCCCUUUUGUUUACGACCGUGCCCCUCCCCGCGUGUAGACGGUUCCUGGCCCCCCCCCAACCCCCCACCCCCCUUCCCAACCCCUAUUUCCCCCCGGUGCUUCACAGGGUUUUUUUCCCGCCCGGUUUCCAUAGCAGCCAUUUUGCGGCGGCGCCCCCGCUGCCCCCCGCGCCACGUGUGCCGGCUCCCGCCGCCCGGGCCCGCGCCCCGCCCCUCCCGCCGCGCGCUCCGUGCCUGCCCGCAGCCAUUUCGAAAAGCGGGGGCGCCCCCUAUUGGCUCCCGGCCCCCGUCACCAUGGCAACGGCCCGGCGGGCGCCAAUUGGCUGCCUCGGCGUCGGGGCACUCGCGGGCGUCCGCCCCCUGGCGGGACAGGGGCGGCGGGGGCCGGGACGCCGGUUCAGGUCGCAUCCUCAAUGGCCUUUAAUUUGGUUUGUUUUUUGUAAUAUU